AUGAAAGAUCUACGCAGACUAAGAGUUCGAUUCCUAUGCAAGUUGGACGUUUAUGUUGAUGGUGAGGAGGGUUUGCCAUCGCCUCUGGAGGCGAAUUUGUUGGAGCCCCUGAUGAAAUUGGACUGGAUUCCGGAUUUCUCAGUGGAGGUUUCGUGGCCUGCUAGUCAGGAGUCGAAGGAGUUUUUGGAAAUUGCGCCGUUUGAGGUGAUUAGGGAGUGCGAGGAGGAUAUAGAGGUGCAUUAUGAGAAGACUCGGUGGUGA